CACGCAUCGUGCAACAGACAUUACCCCAGAAGUUGGAAGUGCUCUUUGAGGGAGUAACUCUACAGCAGCUGUUUGACAGGUCACCUCUUGCUGCACAUUUUGUCCGUGCCAAAUAUACCCACAACACAUCCUGGCAUAGAAUUGAGGAGGUUUACUGGAGUAAAAUGGAGGCCUCGGUAAUACUACCUAUUCUGAAGAAAAAACUUGCCUUCCUUUCAGGAGGAAAGGACAGACGCAGUGGCCUCAUUCUGACAAUUCCAUUAUGCCUGGAACAGACAAAUAUGGAUGAGCUGAGUGUCACCUUAGACUACCUACUCAGCAUUCCAAGUGAAAAGUGUAAGGCUAGAGGAUUUACCGUGAUUGUGGAUGGCAGAAAAUCACAGUGGAAUGUGGUGAAAACAGUAGUCUUAAUGCUACAGAAUGUUGUUCCUGCUGAGGUGUCCCUUGUUUGUGUAGUGAAACCUGAUGAAUUCUGGGAUAAGAAAGUAACACAUUUUUGUUUUUGGAAAGAAAAGGAUAGACUUGGCUUUGAGGUUAUUUUAGUGUCUGCCAAUAAAUUGACUCGUUAUAUAGAGCCAUGCCAGUUAACAGAAGAUUUUGGUGGGAGUCUCACCUAUGAUCACAUGGACUGGUUAAAUAAGAGGCUGGUUUUUGAGAAGUUUACAAAGGAAUCUACAUCAUUACUAGAUGAACUUGCUUUGAUUAACAAUGGAAGUGAUAAAGGAAAUCAGCAAGAAAAAGAAAGGUCUGUGGAUUUAAACUUUCUUCCAUCAGUUGAUCCUGAAACAGUUCUUCAGACAGGGCAUGAAUUGUUGUCCGAAUUACAGCAGCGUCGAUUUAAUGGCUCAGAUGGAGGGGUCUCAUGGUCUCCUAUGGAUGAUGAACUGCUGGCCCAGCCCCAGGUUAUGAAGUUAUUAGAUUCGCUGAGAGAGCAGUAUACUCGCUACCAGGAAGUUUGUAGGCAACGUAGUAAGCGUACACAGUUAGAGGAGAUUCAGCAAAAAGUAAUGCAGGUUGUGAACUGGCUUGAAGGGCCUGGAUCAGAACAACUACGAGCCCAGUGGGGAAUUGGAGACUCCAUCCGGGCCUCCCAGGCACUGCAGCAGAAGCACGAGGAGAUCGAGAGCCAGCACAGUGAAUGGUUUGCAGUAUAUGUGGAACUUAAUCAGCAGAUUGCAGCACUCUUAAAUGCUGGAGAUGAGGAAGAUCUCGUGGAACUGAAGUCACUGCAGCAACAACUUAGUGAUGUUUGCUACCGACAGGCCAGUCAGCUGGAAUUUAGGCAGAAUCUCUUGCAAGCAGCUCUUGAAUUUCAUGGUGUUGCCCAAGAUUUGUCUCAGCAGUUGGAUGGCUUAUUAGGGAUGUUGUGCGUAGAUGUAGCACCAGCUGAUGGAGCAUCGAUUCAGCAGACUUUAAAACUGCUUGAAGAGAAGCUGAAAAGUGUUGAUGUAGGAUUACAAGGUUUGCGUGAAAAAGGUCAAGGACUUCUGGAUCAGAUCUCCAAUCAGGCAUCCUGGGCCUAUGGAAAGGAUGUCACCAUUGAAAAUAAAGAAAAUGUGGACCACAUACAAGGAGUGAUGGAAGAUAUGCAGCUUAGGAAACAAAGAUGUGAAGACAUGGUUGAUGUGCGAAGGUUAAAGAUGCUUCAGAUGGUGCAGUUGUUUAAAUGUGAAGAAGAUGCCGCCCAGGCAGUCGAAUGGCUAAGUGAACUUCUGGAUGCCCUGCUUAAGACCCACAUCAGAUUGGGUGAUGAUGCUCAGGAAACAAAAGUUUUACUGGAAAAGCAUAGAAAAUUUGUUGAUGUUGCACAGAGCACUUACGACUAUGGAAGACAGUUGCUACAGGCCACAGUUGUGUUGUGCCAAUCUCUGCGCUGCACGUCUCGAUCAUCUGGGGACACACUUCCUCGACUGAACAGAGUGUGGAAACAGUUUACGAUAGCGUCUGAAGAGAGAGUCCACAGGCUGGAAAUGGCUAUUGCAUUUCACUCAAAUGCCGAAAAGAUUUUGCAAGACUGUCCAGAAGAGCCUGAAGCUAUUAAUGAUGAGGAGCAAUUUGAUGAAAUUGAAGCAGUUGGGAAAUCACUUUUGGAUAGAUUAACUGUUCCUGUAGUUUAUCCUGAUGGAAGUGAACAAUAUUUUGGGAGUCCAAGUGACAUGGCUUCCACCGCAGAACACAUCAGAGACAGGAUGAAACUGGUUAGUCUCAAAAGGCAGCAGCUGAGACGUCCUGAAAUGAUGACCACAGAGAGCUAAUAGCUACCAGCUUCCCACAGGUCUUCAGUUCAUUGUCCUGCAUGUCGUUGGCUUACUACAGCAUUAGCUGCAAUACAUGAAGAUACAUUUCACAGCCAGGAUAAGCCUCAUUUCUUUCCAUUUUACGUUUCUCUUUACAUAUUAACACUUUACAACUACCAAGGCAUAAUUAUUUAACAUGCUUUGAGACCAUAGACUCCAAGUAUCUUAAAAGAAGGAACUGUAAACAUUGCACUGAAAACUUGCUUUAAAGCUUUAUUUGACCUGUCAAUUUGUAGAUGAACAACUGGUAAUAAGCUUUGAAUGGUGCUAAUAAGAGUUUAGGAAUUCUCUCUAUAAAAAAAUGGUUGACCUUCCUCCCCAGGUGAUGUAGUAAAUUUAGAUGAUAGUUAAAUUGUUACUAGUAGACAGUGGUGUACUCAAAAAUUUUACUUGUAAUUCUUCAAAAUUGAUUAUUUUUAUUGUGUCAGUAUGAAGAAAAUCUUCAGAUCUUUGAUAUAUCAUUCAUUAAAAGACAGUUUCCUAUUUGUAUUGAUAAUGUAUUAAAAGUUGUUUGUGCUUAAUAAAAGGCUUCUUUUAAACAUCUUA